CUCAAGUCGAUUUUAAUUUUAUUUUAUGAUAGUUUUAUAAAUUAAAAUAAGAAAACGUAACGUGUUGAAAUGGAAACCAAAAGCAUCUGUCGAUGCUGCCUUAUAGAGGGUCCAAACAAGGAUUUUGACUACCCUUACACUAAUAAACAUGGAAAAGAAGUGUAUUCCGAAAUGCUGUUAGAAUGUUUUGAUAUCGUUCUAUCUCACAACAAAGAUUUCAAAUCAUGCAUAUGUGACCCGUGCAUCGACCAGCUUAGAAGGUGUUUGCUUUUUAAGAACAAAGUCCUCAAGUGUGAGCAUGAAUUCAUUAAAAUAAGUCAAAAUUGGAAAGAGGAAGCUAUGGGAGUUGAUGUAAAAGUGGAAAAAUUUGAAGAAGAUUUCGCGCAUGAUUCUGAUGACUUAUUUCUAGCUGAUUUAGUAACCAGCAGAACAAUAUUAGCAGAAGAAAUAAAAUCGGAAAUCGACCCUCCUAUCGCACCAAAAGCACCGAAAAGCGCUAUCAAAAUUGCAAAUGUGCGUUCAAUUCCCAAAGCUUCGGUCAAGCGCGGGAAGCCAGCGGCAGCGGGCGGCCGCGCCGAACAGAUCAGGUCACUCGUGUCACGUCUCGCCAGUUCUAUGGGUUGUUUUAAUCAUUCACUUGUACUUACAUUGUACUUGUGUGAUCUUAUUGCAGGUAGCGACCGCACGCAGAAAAAGGAAAGGUCCAUAAGCAUCGGCCAGACGAGGAUCAAGGUCGCCAAUAAAUUAACAUUAGCAAGAAAACUCAGAGAGGACCUCGAAGUAAAACAAAUUUUUAAGAAAAACGAUAAACACGCCUCAAACAUAAAAACAAUACUAAAAUUCUCUAACGCAGUACCUUUCAAAAACCAUUCAAUCUUAGGCUACAUUUGUGCUUACUGCAACAAUGCAUUUCCUGACCCUUCAGACUUGAGAGCUCAUAUGGAGGGCGAUCAUAAAAAGGAUAGACUGAACAUCGACAUCAAUAAAAAAAGCCCCGUCGUACAUCUAGACAUAACAGAUUUGACUUGUGCUCUAUGCGAUGAAACCAUGGAUAAUUUAUUCACAUUCAAAGAACAUAUCGUAAAAAUUCACAAAGAAACUAUACACAACGACAUAAAAGAUCAAAUAAUGCCAUUUAAAUUAAAUAAAGGCAAUACGCACGAGUGUGCUAUGUGCACGAGUAAAUAUGAAACGUUCAAGAUGCUGAAACAACACAUGAAUAAGCACUACAGAAACUAUGUGUGCGAUAAAUGCGACACUGGAUUUGUGACCAAGCGGUCUUUGGACACACACCUCACUACCCACAUAGAGGGGAACUUCAAGUGUGAUUACUGCGAAAAAGUAUUCGCGAAUAAAACCAAAAAGUCUUAUCAUGAAAAACUUAAGCAUUUAGGCGCGAAGAAUAUAAAAAACUGCGUUUACUGCGAAGCUCCCUUUAGUAAUUACUACCGAAGAAACCAGCACUUGAUGAAAGUACACAAUAUAGAGGCGAAAUACAAGUGCAAUGUUUGCGAUAAGCCGUACUUACUGAAAUCGCUGCUAAUGAGUCACAUAAAGAAGAAUCACUUAAUGGAAAAGAACUGUCAGUGUAAUGAGUGCGGUCAUAGAUUUUUCAGUAAAAGGGCUUUAAAACGCCACAUGGUUAAACACACAGGCGAAAAGAACUAUAACUGUACAGUCUGCAACAAAUCGUAUGCCAGAAAGUAUACUCUAACGGAACAUAUGAAGAUUCAUAAUAACGAUAGAAGAUUUAAAUGUUCGGUUUGCGAGCUGUCGUUCGUACAGAAAUGUAGUUUAAAGAGCCAUCUGUUGUCCAAUCAUGGCAUUAGCAUGGCAGCGAGUGAUAUUGUGAAAUCUGCCAGUAGUCAACCAGUGAGUUCUGUGGACGAUGGUGAAUGAUUUAGUUAUCAGCUCAGCGUGCUUUGGAAAGUCAAAACCAUUGUAAAACGAUCUGUUCUCGCGAGCUACACUUCGCCUUAAAAAGUUUUCCCGUGGGAAUUCCUCGAUAAAAAGCCUGUGUGUUAAUCCAGGGUGUCAGCUAACUCCAUACCAAAUUUCAUUAAAAUCGGUUCAGCCGUUUUGACGUGCAGAAGUUAUAAACAUACUCACACA